CUGAAAAGCUUAUAUCGUCCAUUUAGUGUAGCAGGAACUACCAGCGCAUCCAACACAAUGGCCAACCAAUCGUCACUACGCAUCGCAGUCCUUAUCAACACACCCCCUGGCAAUGAUUUCUGGAACGAUGUCCGCGGGUCUUAUCAAGAUGCCUUUGAUGUUAUUGCACCAAAUGCCGAGGUGGAUAUGUACGAUCCCGUGUUUGAAGGAAAUUUCCCCAAUUCUCAAGAGUAUGACUUGAUCGUCUUGAGUGGAGGGAAAGCCGAUGCCUCAUCCUCGCAGCCCUGGGUCCUUGGUGUUUUGGACUUUCUCCGUAGGACUGCGCGGGAGUCACCAAAGACUAAGAUCUUGGGUAUCUGCUGGGGCCACCAAGCUAUAUCAAGAGCAUUUGGCGGAGAAGUACGAGCAGUGCCUACGGGACCCAUUGCCGGCCUUGAAGAUGUGAAGUUGACCGAAGCUGGAAUGAAGUUUUUCUCUACCCGAUCAGGUGUUAAGACCUACAGAUUACCGGAGUUUCAUGUACGAGAGGUGGCCCGACCUGGAGUAGGCUUUAUUCACCUGGCGGAAAAUCAUGAAAUGUUUGUUAAUAAAGAAAAUACUGUGUUGUCGUUCCAGGCGCAUCCAGAAGUCCAGACUGAACUGGCCAAGAAGAUGUUGUUGGAGGAGGAUGAUGUGUACAAUGGCAAUCAUUCGGACCGGGAACUACAGGAACAAUUGACGAAGCUGAAACGGCCAACAGAUGGCUUUGAAGUGCUGAGACGGGUUAUAGAGUGGGUUAGGGAGUAGAUUGAUCCUAUUUGCAAUAUAAAGCAUGGGUCAUACAAGCAUGAUAGAGGGGUUCUCGAUCUUCACAAACUGUCAUCCUUUGCUCGUGUACAUUCGCGAUGUGACACUGGUCAAUCAGAUACUUUAUAUUCAUAGUCAUUUUGCCUGGAACGUUGAGGUCUUGCGAUAGAGCCAUGAUGACUCAUGCUAAUUCCAUUACUAGGGCCGAUCCCCUGUAUGCAGUGUAACGGGGAAAGCUCACAUCCGGCGCCACCUGAUCCUACGAAGACAAUAUCCAUGAAUGCUGCUAGGAAAUAGAGUCAGUAACUUGAACUUACCGCUUUCAUCAGCCGAUAUGUUACGUUCCUCUUGUUGUGGCGCCAGAUGACUCAAAUCACCUUCUCCGAAAUGCCAAGAACUAUACUCGAUCUCCGCGGAGUCAAUCUUCCAAAAUCUCUGGACCUGGCAACUUCAUUUAGUC